AACAUUGAAAAUUUACGAAAAUUGAAAAGAAAAAAAAAGGAUAUUUUUCAGAGGAUUCCGCGACUUUUUAUACAAAAUUCAUAGCUUGCAAUGCGGAGACUGUGCACCGGUUUAUUCCUUCUACUAUGGAUAGCUUUAACAAGUGCUCGAAAGCACCAUUUGGAGAUCAGGGAUGAUAUGCGACAAUACAUUCCACUGAGCAGUUUUGGCUUUUAUGCUGGCGGAGUUCUCGAUGUUAGAUUGUCAGACUUUCGCACCGAACCAGAUCUUGAUACAAAAAUGGUGACCACUUUUGGAUUUUCUCUGGACAAAACAGCGAGUGACGCGAUGAAUCCUUAUCUGGACACGCAUCAAGAUCACUGCAUCCUCAAGGAACCAGCUGCCUCGCAAAAUCACGGUCCAAUCGUCUUGUUUUCGAUGAAUAUGACACGUAACGAGUUGAAAGUGGAAGCUUCCGCUGACUGGCCAAAUGUUCGUAUCAAGUCGGAUAACAAGGAAAUUGAGCCGAUUCAUGUUGCGGGAACAGAAUCCAGCGGAAUUAAAUAUGAACCGAUCCCAAUGGUGGCCAGACCUGAUGGACCUUUUGUGUAUUACAGUUUCAACUUCACAAUGUAUGUCGACAACAAAUUGCAAGAAGGUUUAUACAACUUGUACUUUCACAACUGCCCGAAUUACGUGACAGCUGGCAAUAUCGCAUCGUUCAAUCUCGAUUUGGAAGAAAGUAACUUUGGAAAUUACUUGUCGGCUGGAGAAAUGCCAUUGCCAGCCCUUUAUUUCAUCAUGUCGUUCCUGUUUUUCUUGAGUGCGCUCUUUUGGUUGUUUAUUUUGCGUCGUACCAAGCAUCCCGUAUUCAAAAUUCACUAUUUAAUGGCAGUCCUUGUAUUUUUGAAGGCAUUAUCGCUCAUGUUUCAUGCCAUCAAUUUCCAUUUUAUUCAAAUUAAGGGAGAACAUGUUGAAACGUGGGCCGUUUUAUAUUACAUUACACAUUUGAUCAAAGGUGCUGUUUUGUUCGUCACCAUCAUCCUAAUUGGCACCGGUUGGACAUUUAUUAAACACAUUUUGGCAGAUAAGGACAAAAAAUUGUUCAUGAUUGUUAUUCCAUUACAAGUCCUCGCCAACGUCGCAGAGAUCAUAAUUGCUGAAAGUGAAGAAGGAGACAAAGAACAUAGUACAUGGCGUGACAUUUUUAUUCUCGUAGAUUUACUUUGUUGCGGUUGCAUCUUAUUCCCCGUGGUUUGGUCCAUCAGACAUUUACAGGAUGCAUCGGCAACGGAUGGCAAAGCAGCAAUAAAUCUCCGAAAACUCAAGUUAUUCCGACAAUUUUACAUAAUGAUCGUCUGUUAUAUUUAUUUCACGCGUAUCAUCAUUUACCUCUUAAAAAUAACCGUAGCAUUCCAAUAUGCAUGGCUCGAUGAAUUUUUCCGAGAAAUGGCCACUUUUAUAUUUUUCGUGUUGACGGGUUACAAAUUCCGACCUGUUUCGCAGCAUCCCUACUUUACGAUGGGCGACACAGAUGACGAUGAAUCCGAAGUCGAGAUCCUCACGCAAUCCGGCAUCACAGAAGGCUUGAGCAAAGUAACAAACAGAACGCAGCAAACGUCGACAAUUGUGGAGCACAAUGAGGACGAGCGGGAAAACUUAAUUAGCAAACGAGAGUCUAGUCAUGAGUAUGAUUAAGCUAAAUUAAUGCAAAGAAGACAACGAACUGCGCCGAACCUCUUGUGAUUUUUUUCAAAAAAACUAAAUGAUGAAGCAACCAACCCAAUGUAGACAUAAUAUUUAGAUGAUUAUUUGCAAAGAUUGUAGCUUUAGUCAAUGCCUAUCCUCCCAAUUUUCUAGUUUGUAAGCUGGUAUUUGAAAAAUAAAGAACAAUUAA